CUCCCUCUCCUUACGACUGAUCGAGAACAAGCAUGGUGAUCACAACCCGAUGUUCAGGUCUGGCAAUUCUUGUGUUGCUAUCGCUCCUGGGCGAUGGUGAGGCUCUUUUCGGGCGAGGGAAGGGUGGAGGCGGAGCGGCGACAGCCGCGAAAAAAACAUCAAGAGGGACAAAAGGCUCUCCAGCACGGACGAAGCUGGACCCUGACAUGAUGGAGACAGCGGCGAUGCAGGCCUCGGAGCGCCUUCUGAUGUGGGGAACUACGACCAUCUUCCAGCUCAAGGAGGCCGCCCGUAUGAAGGGACACGUGGAGCGGUUGCAGGCGUCCUCGCAACAAGUGGACCAGAACGGUCGGGCGAUGGUGAAGAUGGACCCGCCCAUGUACAAGGCCGUGGUGGGGAGCAGCUUGGGGAACGUUUUUCUCAUGCUCAACUCCCCGAACUUCGGCAAGCUGUCGGAGAAGGCGAAAUCGAUGCUGAAAGACGAGGGAAGACAGAUGCGGUUGAUCGACAUGGAUCAGAGGACGAAGGAGUCGUUCGCCGCUCAGAAGGGCCAGCCCACGGGAGUCAAGGGCCCCGAGGGCUACUUGGAGGGCGCCCUGCUCAACAAGGAGGUGGCAGCGGCUCACGAAAAGUUCUUGGCGGACGUUGAGGCGUUGUCGAGCUCGGCGGUGGGCAAGAAGGCUGCCGCGAGCGCCGAGGCAUACCACCAAGCCAUGCUAGCGUACACCACCAGCGAGGACUACAGGAGCAGCCUCAAAUCUUCUCGAUCAAAGAAGAAGUAAAUAGUUGCGGUACUUUUUUUUGUCGAAGGCGUGCACUCAUAUGCGUUGCCUCGCGGGGAGAUCUUGGAUUGUCUGGCGGGAUUGCCAUCGCGGGCACAUAGCAGCUUGGUUUUCUGUGCCGAUUUACGUAGUGCCCGUUCUUUUCCCCUAGAAACACAGGGUGGUCGGCACAAGAGCAGGUAGCUUAGUCAGGUGUUAGGAAUGGCGUGUCCGAAACGGCGUGUGUGUGUGUUUUCACGCUCCUUGCCGUCGGUUGUUCGGGAACAGGCCGUUGCCGUCUACGCAGGCUAUCGCGGUGAGGGUUCCCUGAUAGUCGGGGGUACAUAGCUGCUUGCGCUCUUUUGGUAGUGAGUGCGCGCUGAUUUUUAAGCUGUUGACGGAAAAAAACAACAAAUGUCUGCAUCCGAAAGGUAAGGCCCCAAGACGGUUCCUGGUCGUAGGUUGCACCGUCGUCGUUUCGCUACACGAUAACCGUUGUCAGCAUUCAUGUUUCGAGAGUGCGAGACAGGUUUGCCCAUGGACGUACAAGUCUUGCUUGAUUUCCUUGUACCAUAGCUUUCCGUGCGGAGAAAGGAGUAGACUAGUCCUUCACUAUUGGUACGUGUACACAGUGAGUGUCAUCACUGCUAGCGCAGGGCAGGUGUCACUUUCUUGCCCGCGAGAUUUUGAAGUUGAGGAGUCACGUAGGGGUGUCGCGGUAAAUGCCUAGACUGUUCAAUGAACGAGUACAAGACACGUCGCCAAUC